AUGUCCGGGGGCAGUGGCCAUGCGAAGUUGUCGAGGCAUCCAGCCGCCGUGGUCGACGCGUCGGGCGUCUGUCCGAACGCCCUUGGCGGGUCUGCGCGGGGUGCUGAGAGCCCGACGUCACUGCUGGCUGCGCCGUACGUGGGGGCAGCGGUGGUGGUGAUGGAGGUGGCUGCGAGUGCGCUGGAGUCCAGGCUGGCGAUGAAGCCGGCGAGGGCUGCGAGGUCAUGGCGGAAAGGGGUUCUGCCCCCUGGUGGAAGCAACGCCCCGGUGAAAGGUCGCCCAGGCAAGGCAGUACUUGGGAUUGUGCAACAGGUGCCCCACUACCCUGGCUGCAGCCCACCUCUUGCCAUCCCAGGUGGCGCCGUCGGGGAGUCCAUUGUCAGGGACCUCAGGGCCGUGCACCUCCCGCAGGAAAGGGGCAAGCUGGCGAGCCGACCGCGAGCUGCGGCGUCUACGCCUGCUGGCGGCGGAGGGCCAGCCGUCGACGUCUUCGAGAGGUACGACUUCGAGUGCGACAAGGAGUUGCAGGUGGACACUGACGGGGCGAAGAAGCGGAAGCGCGAGUGGGAGGUGGCUUUCAAAGCAGAGGGAGAUGCAGGACACCUUCGUCAAGACUCCGAGUCCGAGGCGUUCGACACGUGGCACAGGGACGGCGGUGUCACAGUGUCACUGGGCAGUGCCUCGGAGUGGAAAGUGACCCAUGCUUGGCGGAAUUUGUACAGGCCGCUCGGCGCGGGCGCCGGCUGGACGGGGCUCCUCCGCAGGCGCGCCGCGCAGGCGUGCCUGCCGGCGGCCGCGCUGCUGGCCCAGCGGGGGGCCAGGCGCGGCGACCUGCGCCGUUCGCGGCUCCUGGCACGUCCCCCCAGGCCCGCGCGUCGUCGCUGUGGCGAGGAGGGCAGCGGCAUCGUCGUCCGCAAGAGCGCUGGAGAGGCCACGUCCUCACAGCCGACAGAGGCGGAGCUGGAGCGGAUCUUCCAGGACAAUGAUGCCGCCGGGGGCGCCACGGAGGUGACCUUCGACCAGGCGCUCCGGAUAGAGGCCAUAGACGCCAUCCUUGAGGACGGCGGCACAUCGCUCAAGGACAGCGUGCUCGCGCGCGAUGGAAGCAACAUCCAGAGCUGCCUCGGCUCGAAGGGGCCAGCGCGCCUCCGCCAGCGCGCUGCCCAUGCGGCGUUCCCGGCCGCUGGUGAAGGCGGCGUGGCGAGCUUCAUGGCGGCAGCUUCGCCCCGUCCGACAGCUCGGGCGGCCACGGAACGCGAGCCCUGGCUGUGCAAGUCCUGCAAGACCAGCAAGGGCACGCGGUUCCGCAACAGCGGCUGGAGCCUCGCAUGCGCCGGCUGCAAGCUCCACAAGGGCAUCUCGUUCGGGGAAGUCGCGCCCAGCGGGGGCGGCAGCCCCGCGGCCCCCCGCAACCGCAGCCCCAAGUUGUCGCAGUCCGAGCCCACCGGGGAUUUCGCUCCCUGGCAGUACGAGACCAUGGAGAAGAAGAUCCGCCAGCAGCUCGAGGCCAAGCACCGCAAGGAGCUCGAGCAGGCACGCCGUGAAGGCGCCGCGCGUGCUGGUGUCGGCGACACCGCGGCCGCCCCGUCUCCGCCCGAGCCCCAAGGCGAUACUGCGGAGGAUCUCGCACGCAUCAAGCGGCUCACGGCCCUUGUCCAGGCGGGCGAGCACAUGGGCGACACGGAGAAGGACAACGUGCUCCGCUGGAAGACCGAGCUCGACGCCCUCCGGGCGAAGCGCCAGGAGACCCUCCCCAUCGGGAAGCGCUACGCCGCCUGCAACCGCGACAUCAAGCGCCUGGAGGGCCUCGCGGCCACGGUCGCCAAGGACAUCGCGACCACCAAGGCCGACAUCGAGCGGCUCGAGGUCAAGCUGGCCCUGCAGCAGGAGCAGCAGGCCAAGCACGACAAGGACCUCACCGCGGCGCGCGCUCUCCUCGGCGACCUCGGCAAGCAGCGGCUCCAGGGCGGGAAGGAGCCGGAGGUCAUCCCCGUCCUCGAGAACGUCGUCGCGAAGCUCGAGGACCACCUCUACGACGAGGGCCUCGACGGGGCUGAUGCGCUGGAGAUCAGCCAGGAGUUCCAAGAGGCCAAGGACCGCCUCCUCCAGAAGAUCUCGGAGGCCAAGGCGGCACGCGACCGCGCCCCACCGGCGCCCCUCGAGGCCCCGCAGCCCGCGGUCGCCCAGGUCCCCACCACCACGGUCUGGGACACGGCAGCCACCAGCCGAGCCUUCCUCCAAUCCCUCGGCCAGCAGGUCCCCGAGGGCGACGAGGAAGCGCGGAACGCGCCGAAGCUCACCAGGCGGCCACUCUUGCAGCCAAGCGCGCCAGGGUGGACGACGCCGACGAGCAGCAGCAGGCCAAGGAGGCCAUCCGAGCUGCGGGCGAGCACGCCGAAGCCCAGGGGCGUGAGGCCAUGGGGCGGCAGGCGGCUUCCGGCCAGCCUUUGGACGCUGUGCCGCCUCCUCCUGCUGCUGGCCUGCCUGGACAUGGGGGCGGAGUCCCGCAGCGUACCUAGCAGCAGCUCGGACAUCAGCAUCCUUUACGGCAACAUCACGGAGUGGGGUCCGCAGGCGCAGGGCUUCCUCCAGUCGGACCGCGCCAAGCGGUUCGACGGUGUCGGGUUCGUGGAGCUGCGCCGCUCCGAGAGCCACGCCAUGGCCAUCAUCGCGGCCUUCCGCAAGGACGGCUGGAAGGCGACGUACUCCCCGGGUGUCUCCACGGGCAAGGGCGGCGUCACGGGUGGCGAGGUGAUGGCGGUCCGCGCCCACCUCCAGGCCACCACCUUCGACCACUGGCGCGACCCCAAGGGCGACGCGCUGCGCGGGUUCGCGCCCAUGGUCCUGCACACCGCUGCGGGCAACAUCGUGGUCGCGGUGCUCUACCUCCACCCUGCGUUGGGCUUCGGCAAGCGCAACAAGGCUACGCUCGUCGCCCUCGGGGCUUUCCUGGCGGUGCAGCGCGCCCCGUGGAUUGUGGUCGGCGACUGGAACCACGACCCGCAGCAGCUCACCCAGUCGCAGUGGAUCGGCAAGCUCGGCGGGGAGCUCGUCCUGCCCGACGUGGCCGCCACCUGCGAUAAGGGCCAAGGCCGCCUCCUCGACUUCGGCGUUGCCAAGGAAGGGUACGCGCACCUCUUCAAGCUGGAGGCCUACCUGCAGGUGCCGUGGGCCACCCAUUGCGGGCUCCAGCUCACGCUGCGAGGCGCCCGCCAGCGAUGGUGGUACCAGGCGCUGGACGCCCCUCGCAGCCCGCCCGCGGCCCAGCGCCCCAAGGCCGAGGCGCGGCCUGACAGCAAGCGGACCAGGCAGCGCCAGGCAGCCCUGGCGAAGAGGGCGGCCAUGCUCCCGUCGGAGCUCGGCUGGAUUUCCUCGACGCCCACCUGGCCGUCUGUCGGGCCAGCAGCGAGGAUCCGCCGCGCACGGGCGACCUCGCCGGCGCCCGCGGCGCUCGCGGAGGGUCGGGACAGGUGGAGAGGGGCCGAGCUCGACGACAUCCCAUGGGGGCUGCAGCUACACGGGCAGGCCACCCUGUUUUUCAGUUCAUUUCCAGGCUGGCUGCAACUACACGGGCAGGCCAGCCAGUUCUUCAGUCCACUCACAGGAGCGCUGGGGGCGGCCCGCGGGGCUCGCCUGAUCCCCCCUCGGGCGCCGCUGGCCACGCUGCUGCUGCUCGGGGCGCCGCCGGGGGCGGCCCGGGCCUCCGGGGUCGCCGCCAGGGCCCCCGGGGCCGCCUCUGACAGCAGCCGAAGGGAGGUGACACCUGGUGUCACCACCGACCGCCUGGGUGACACCUGGUGUCACCCAAUCGUGGGGGCCGCCGGGGCCGCCGCCGGAACCUCCCGGGCCGCCUCCAGCGUCGCGGACGGGCCCCGCGAGGGAGGCGGGCGAGUCCUCCGGGCCGCCCCCGGCGGCGCCCCCAGCAGCUGCGCGGCCGGCGGCCUCCAGAGGGGGGGCGGGCGGGGUGACGCAGCCCCGAGCGCCCCCUUCAAGGUCCCCUCCGCCACCUGGCGCAGUGCAGCGGCCUACCGGUCCCGAGCAGGCCAGGUUAACCCCGCCCUCCUGCAGCACCCCUUCCUCGACCCGAGGGUGGCCGAGGCCGAGCGUCUCGCCGAGCUCUACGGCGCCUGGGUCGCGCAGGUGGAGGCGGCCAUCCUCGCGCAUGAGGGCAUUGACGCGGCGAACUGGCAAACGGCGGCCAAUCCUGGGCGAGCCCACCUUCGCCACCCCGAGGCCGACGCCUGGGCCACGCACCACGCCAACCUCACGGCCCUCCUCGCGCUCGAGGCCAGCGGCAAGGAUCCGAGACAGCUGCAGUGGCGCCUGGACCUCCACCGCUCCACCCUCGGGGACAUCGGGAAGCUCUCGGCCACCAAGCGCACGGACCAGCUCAAGGCGUACACCGACAAGGCGCAGGCGGUCCUCGGGCGGCCCAGGCACGAAAACAACACCCUGCGGCACCUCGCGCAGGACCUGGCGGGCGAUGCCGCGCGUCGGGCGCUCCAGGAGGGGAGGUAA